AUGAAAUCCAUAAAGGAAUAAGCUAACUAUCAAGUUUCAGGCUUAAGAAGAUAAAUCAAGAAGUAAGAGCAAGGUAUUUAUGAUUUGUAAGACUGCAUUAUAUUUGAUCCAUAUAAAACUCAGCAGGGAAUCUAUCAUAAGAUCAAGUGCAGAUAUUAUGAUGAAUAGAAGUUCAUGAGCAUAUUUAAUGGAAAAGUAUUAUAAGAAUAAUUGCCACUAAAAGGAGUUAGGCUCUAUAUCUAAGGUCGAUAUCAAGAAGCUCUUAAUACUUUCGAUCAGUGCGACUUUCUUUUCAAUGAUCAUCCUUCAUAGAUAAGAAAAAACAUUUUAGUCUAGGAUCCUUUAAAUAUGUUGGUUCAAGGGAAUGCUCAGAUUGAGGAUGGCAACUAUUGUGUCGAUGAAGAUAUAUUAAUGUUCGUCAAAAUUCAGGUUUACAAACUUAAAUGUCUCAUUCAACUCAAAUAGUUCUAAAAAGCUGAUUAACUUAUCAUUUAGCAAAGAUCAAAAUGGGUCUAGAGUUCGUAUAAGUUAAAUGAAAAAAGGCUAUUCAAUGAUAAAAGGAUUAUUAAAAAGAGUUUAUAGUGUCAAAAUAUUCUCGCCAUUAAUGAUAUUUAUAUGGAUUACCUGAAGAAUAUGGGGAAGCAAAUGGAUGAGGCAAGUGUAGUUUAAAUGAUUAAACAAAUUAAGAAAUUGAUAUAACAGUUCAAUAAAAAGAGCUAUAUCAGACUAAUGUUUCGCUAAUUCAUUGUUUAUCUUCAAAAAAAAUACUAGAUACAUUGGUUUAAAACAUAAUUUCAGUUACCUAAGAAAACAAAAAAGACUUAAGAUGAGAUUUUGGAACUCCCAGAUACACCAGCAGGUGACAUUAUAAAAAUUAAAAAUUAAAUAAGACAAGAUAGUGAAAAGAGUAACAUCAAUGAUAAAGGAAAAAAUUAAAUAAAAUAAGAAAAAAAAAUAAAUCCAAAAGACUUUUUAACGACAUGCUAGCAUAUUGAAAGCGAUAUUGAUUAUUGGAGUCAGUACAUCAAGGAAAAUCAUUUUGUCAAAGCUUUUAUUUUAGGACUUAGGCUAGAGCUAGAGGUUGAUUCUCAAGUUAAUUUUAAAGCUUCAAUAAAGUUUCUUUACAAUUUCAUAAAAAGAGGAAAAGCCUUUCCAACAUUAGAACAUUUAAAAUUAGCCAAUCAAUUAGCAUUGAUUCUAGUGAGGUAGAAAUAGUCUGUGUCUUUAAUUAAGUAGCAAUAUAAGGUCAACAAGAUUCUUGCACAUUCUCUCAACCAUAAUUAAAGGCAUCAUUAGAAAAUACUUAAUGACAAUGUCUUUUCCUAAACAUUAAAGGAUGAUAUGGAAAAUCUAAUUGAGUAAUUGCAAUUGUAAAAAAUGAAUGAUUAACAGGCUUUAAAUGGUCCACUCUAAUAGGGCUUACUACAGACAUUUACAACUACAUCUACUACCAAGUAAUUUGAAUAAUAGACAAUUUAAAUGAUUGAUCAUCCAACAAUCACUACUAAGGAAUAUCUUGAUGAAAAAAAUACUGAUCAAAUUGAUUAGAUUGAGAUUUGA